AUGAAGCAAACUAUCAAGUUUACUAUUAAAGGUUUUAUCAAAUAUGUAAAUAAUCGUCCAGUUUAUUAUGUAAAGUAUGGUUCAAAUUUUAAGCUAAAGGUAGUAUCAAAUUACUCUUCUAGUGAUACAGCUAUGAAAGCUCAAGAGGCAAUAAAUGAAUUAAAUAGAGAGUUAAAAGAAAGUCGAAUAUUGGAUUCUUUACUUUUUGCUAUUAAGCCAGAACUAUCCUGUGAUUAUGCAGUAUCUAAUCAGCAUAUAGCUUUAAUAUCAACAAUGGCAAGUUUUAUAUCAAUUAAUAUAUUUAAUCUUUUUAAUCAAGAUGAUUUUUUAAUAAAUGAAAGAUUACAAUAUGUUGAAAAAGUUGCACAAUGA